CAUAUUUAGUUCUUACUAUACAAGCAAACACUAGAACCAGUACUCAAAGAGUGAAAGUUGCCUUAUUUAGACAGGAACUUUGAAAAUGGCACGAAACGAAGACAUGGCUUCCAUGAAUGAAGCUCCAGAACGGAUAGCUCAGUUUGAUGACAAGUCAUCUAAGGAGGAGUUGUUCAAACAAAUAAAGGGCGCAAAAGAAAGGAUAGCUCAGUUUCAAAGCUCAAAACCAAAGAUCCAAAGGGUUCCUUACAUGCUUCGAGAUCACCCAAAUUUCGAGAAAUACUCUGAGAAAUACUAUGAGCCAAGGGCAGUAGCAAUUGGUCCUUUCCAUCAUGGUAAACCAAGGUGUCAACUGGCAGAGAAGUUCAAGCUUGCACUGGCAGACAAAUUUAUCAAAGACAGCGGCAGUCAAGUUGAAGAUUUGCACAAGAUCAUUGAGGUCAACAUCAACACACUAAAGGACUGCUAUGAUGAGGAAGCAACAAGGUCCUACACCGACGAGGCCCUCACAAACUUGUUAUUCUUAGAUGGAUGUUCAACCUUACAGUUCAUAUACUCCUUAAUGGAGAAUGAGUUAGCAAGUUUCAACAUCAAGAGAGAUCAGGUGGCUUUUGCAGAACAGGAUUUGUUCUUGCUAGAAAACCAACUCCCUUACCAAGUCCUCAAGCUGUUGAUGAGCUUAAGUGACAAAGAGAGGGACUUGAAGAACGCAAUCGAUGGAUUUGUUGGAAGGAACAUCAUGGCAGCAGGAAAAAAAUGGAAAUGGCACAAACACAAGAAAACGAGUGAACCAGGAGAUGGUGUCAUAGACAUGGAACACAAAAAAACGCGUCAACCAGGAGAUGGUGUCAUAGACAUGGAAGAGCCCACUCAUCUUCUCGGGCUUCUCCGGACAGAAAUGCUAGGUCCCCCAAAAUCUGUCGCCGAGGAGACAAAAGAUAAACAUCGCCGACAAUCGUUCCGCAACAUACAGGAGCUUAAACCAGCAGGGAUCCAUUUAAGGCGUAGUAAGACAGGGACCUUGAGGGACAUAUCUUUUACUCAACCUCGAGGGCUUCUAGGCUUUGUAGGAUUCCUAUAUCUUCCACCAAUAUCAGUAGACGACUCCAUGAGGCCUAAGUUCUUGAAUUUGAUAGCCUAUGAAAUGUGUCCUGAUUUCCAAAAUGACUUUGGGGUCACCUCUUACAUAUGCUUCUUGGAUUCACUGAUUGAUCAUGCAGAUGAUGUUAAACAGCUAAGGUCGGCACGCGUACUACACAACUUACUUGGGAGUGAUGAAGAGGUGGCUCAACUUUUCAAUGAGAUAGGCACUGACUUGGUGCCUAACAGUGAAACAUACCGCAGUGUCAAAUCCAAAUUAGAAAAGCACUACAAAAACAGGGGGAAAACCUGGAUGGCUCAAUUCUGUCACGAUCAUUUCAGUAGCCCCUGGACUAUCCUGGCUUUCCUUGGUGUUCUAGCAGCUCUGGGGUUAAGCGGCAUCCAGACUUGGUACACAAUCAAUUCUCCCUCCUCUGCCUGCGAGCUUGAAGAAACAGCUAAAAAUAGAGUGAUGCACACACACAGAGGUACAAAAAUCAAGUUUGGUUCUUCCUAAAAUGGUUUCUGCUUUUGGUUAGUUUGAUUCCCAGCUUCAGCUCUCAUUAGGCAGAUAUGAAGCUGAACAUGUACUGUUAUUUCUUCACUUAGCUUAAGUGUUUAUCAUAAUGUAAUUCAAUAAUUUCAAUAUUCAUGUGUGGAACGAUGUAAUUUCAUGAUGAGUUUCUCGAGUUUA